UCGGUCAUGAACCCGUCAUUUUUCCAUUCCCAAUCAUCUUCAUCAAUUAUCGAAAACGACAACAAGUCUUCAUUUUAGUUUCAUUUCACUUGCAUUUGCAUUUGCAUUUGCAUUUAAAUUUUCCCUCCUAUAAAGCCCAACCCCAAGUCUCCCUCCAUUAUUCAACACCAACAAGACAAAACUCCCAAUACAUUAUUCAUUAAUAAUUUCCUCGCUCUCGGGAGUUCGGCAUGGCCCCAGAACUUCCGGAGAAUGUCCUAGCCGCCGCCGCCGCCGCCGCCUCCUCGGAGAGGGCGUACGUGACGUUCUUGGCCGGAAACGGUGACUACGUAAAAGGGGUGGCAGGUUUGGCAAAAGGGUUGCGGAAGGUGGCCACCGCUUACCCUCUGGUGGUGGCGGUGCUUCCGGACGUUCCGGUGGAGCACCGGGAGAUUUUGAAGGCUCAGGGCUGCAUCAUUCGAGAAAUUGAGCCGAUUUAUCCUCCUGAGAAUCAAAUUCAGUUCGCCAUGGCGUAUUACGUUAUCAACUACUCCAAGCUUCGGAUUUGGAAUUUUGUGGAGUACAAGAAGAUGAUAUAUUUGGAUGGAGACAUUCAAGUAUUCGACAACAUAGACCAUCUCUUCGACAACCCCGACGGCCAUUUCUACGCCGUCAUGGACUGCUUCUGCGAGAAGACAUGGAGCCACUCCCCUCAGUACUCCAUCGGCUACUGCCAGCAGUGCCCCGACCGAGUCACCUGGCCACCCGCCUCCGGUCCCCCUCCGCCGCUCUACUUCAACGCCGGCAUGUUCGUCUUCCAGCCCAGCCACCACACCUACCACUCCCUUCUUCACACUCUCCGUAUUACCCCUCCCACUCCUUUUGCCGAGCAGGACUUUCUCAACAUGUUCUUCCACAACAUUUAUAAGCCCAUUCCUCCCACCUAUAAUCUUGUUCUCGCCAUGCUAUGGCGCCAUCCCGAGAACGUUGAGAACGAUGUCGAUAAGGUCAAAGUCGUCCAUUACUGUGCUGCGGGAUCGAAGCCAUGGAGGUACACAGGGAAGGAAGCCAACAUGGACAGAGACGACAUCAAAAAGUUGGUGGCAAAAUGGUGGGACAUUUACAACGACACGUCGCUGGACUUGAAGUCUGCAAACGACGUCGUUGAAGAGGAGGAUCAAGCCAAUACAGUCCCGAAAUUGACAAUUUUGUCGUCCAUGCCUGAGCCCAACAUUUCCCAUGUGCCAGCACCUUCUGCUGCUUGAUCGAUCCAUACAUAUUACCUUAUUUUCUCUAAUAAUAAAUAUAAUUAUAUAUUUAUA